AUGUCCGACCCGGCAUGGAGCCCUGACGCCCGGGGAAAGACACUGACCAGACUCAACUCUCGGCGGGUGCUGGACAACCCCUCCAGGGAGCUGGGCCCCGUCUUCAACACCAUCCCUGGCUGGGCAGAGGUGGACACCAGCACCGUGGUAACGGAGCGCAUCUCCGGGGCCAUGACGAACCUGGUGUUCCGCUCUACCUGCCCCACCGCGGAGGCGUACCCCACCGUCAUCGUCCGGCUGUUCGGCCCGGGCAACUCCCUGUUCAGUCAGAAGGAGGAGCGGGACGUGUUUCUGCUGGCGGGCCAGACGGGCAUCGGCCCGCGGUGCCUGGUGGAGUUCGAGGGUGGCAGGGUGGAGGAGUUCAUCCCGGGGGCAACCCUGUCCGCGGCCACCAUGCGCGCCCCCGAGAUCGUGCAGCUGACGGCCACCGCCCUGGCCGUGUUCCACGUGCGCAUGACGGCCCAGCGCGCCGCUCGCGGGGCCGUGGGGGCCAAUGACCAGCCCGCCAUCUUCCGGCGCAUCGGCAAGUGGCACGCCACCGCCACCGGCCUGGCACCCGCCCUGCUGCAGGAGCUUGGCCUGGAGGACGUUAUGGACGAGGUGGCCCAGCUGCGGCGCUACCACGAGUCCACCUUCCCACUCUGGCUCGGCUUCUGCCACAACGAUCUGCAGUACGGCAACAUGCUCCUCUGCCCCGGCCGGGACGCAUCGCCGCAGGGAUCCCCCGCGGGCCCGGCCGAGGAGUCCGCCACGCCGCCGGGCAGCCCGCGCGCCCACAUACGCCUGAUCGACUACGAGUACGCCACGUUGAACGACGUGGCCUUCGACGUGGCCAACCACUGGUGUGAGUACGCGGCCGACUACCACUCGGGGGAGGCCCACGUGCUGGACUUUGCCGCGCUGCCCGGGGAUGAACAGAAGGCGGCCUUCGCGGAGGCCUACGCAGACGCCAUGCUGGCACAGGCGGCGGCGGGGGCGGGCAGGCUGGCGGAGCGGGUCUGCGCUGGUGAGGUCGACGCCGGGUGCCGGGAGCACGGCGCCCUGGCCCGCCUGCUCGUGCAGAAGGCGGAGGCCUACGUCCCCCUGUCCCACCUGAAGUGGGGCCUCUGGGGCGUCAUGCAGGCCCAGACCUCCGAUGUCGACUUCGACUACCUGGAGUAUGCGCGACAGAGGAUCGCGCAGUACCACGCCACCAAGACACGGUACCUGUGA